GACCCCCACUAACUUCUCUCUCCCCCGCAGCACGACGCAGCCGACGAUCUCCACCUGGACGGACGGCCGCACCACCACCACCUCCGCCGCCAUGUCGCGCCCGCGCUUCUCCUGCAAGCCCAGCGACAUCAAGCAGGCCAUCCGCAACAACCUGCUGCCCAUCCUCACCAUCUCGGGCGUCACGGGGGGCAUCGUCCUCGGCGUUAUCCUCAGGUACUCCCGCAGCGAGCGAUGGACGAAGCGUGAGGUGAUGUACGUGGGCUACGUCGGGGAGCUGUUCCUGCGCGCGCUCAAGGCCCUCAUCAUCCCCCUCAUCGUCUCCUCGCUCGUGUCGGCCAUCGGCUCGCUGGACCUGUCGCUGUCGAAGAAGAUCGGGCUGCGCGCGAUCGCCUACUACCUGACGACGACCGUGUCCGCCGUGAUCCUGGGCAUCAUCCUGGUGGUGAGCAUCCACCCGGGCAAGGGCAACGACGACGACAUCACCAAGGCGGGCGAGGCCAAGGCCUCCUACACGCCGGACCUGCUCAUGGAUCUGCCCAGAAACCUGUUCCCGCCGAACUUGAUCCAGGCUUGCUUCGAAACGGUGAGUGUCGGAUCCUCUUUGUUUCGCCGAAAGCGUUGGGGUUCUUUGAUCCCGGAGUCCACAGGGAAGGGGUUGGGCGGGGGGAGGGGGGUGUCCGGGUCGGAAUCUAAGGCUGCCUUUAACGGCGGACUAAAUGCUUUGCGCUGCGGGAAGUUGCCAUUGCCAUAG